GUCGCAAUAUUUCACGUACAUGCUGCAUUGUGCGAGAAGGAGGAGAAUUUCAGAACCUGAAGUGAGCCAGAAGCGUUUAGUCACACUAUAUAGUUAAGUUUCCGAGAACGGCAGCAAAUUUAUAACUUACAGUCUGAUUUGCUUGCGAUAGCAGGUUGCAAAGCAAGGGUUGGACGGAAAUUAAUAUGUUCAGCCCGUCACAUUGAGUCUCCCAUAGGCAGACUUCCUCCUGUUUGGCCCGUCAUGCUGUGUACCUCAGACCUUACUCCGAGUCCCCGGUUCCUUCCAACAACUUCAAACCCUCACAGCAUUCACAACGAAUUAGACCCCAGACUCUACUCUCAACAUGUUCGCUUCAGCUUAUCUUUAGGCAUCGCUCAGACACUCGUGGAGAAGAUAUUAUUUGGAACAGAUAGAUUUACAAACCUGAAGAACAAAGAUUCUAAGUAUGUGGAUGAAGGUGUACAAAGCAUGUUCCAGCCCAAUCAUGAAUCUACCCAAAGAGACAGAUGGGUGGGUUGCGAGGGUGGGUGGCCAGCAGGUCGGGUCCACAAGAGGGCAGAUAGGCUACUAUGCGAUGCGUACCAUGACCUGAGAAUAGCUGUGACGGUGCAAGAGGGAGUACCAGUGGUGGGUGGGAAAAGAAAGGCUCAACAACAUGUUGGUUGUCGAGCAGCUAAGGUGGACGAGCAGAAAGAAGCACUAACGGCUCGCUCUGGAACCGGAGGGGGAAAGGAACUCUGUCGAGGAAGAUGUAUAGGUCAUGCCUGUGUCAUUGGGUGCGGACAGACUAUGGACAGACUAGGGUAUAGGCAGCAUACGCGGUGCUACAGGAGAAUCCUCAAGUGCUACCAGCCCAGAACAGGGUCCAAGGCCUGUGAACGUUAACCACAGCUGAUCAUGAGGAGUGCGAGGGGAAAGGAAGAAAGGGGUCGUCUGGGUAAAGGGUUACGCGUCGUCGAAGAUGGGCUGAAGUUCAGAUUGGCGUUUGUCACAGCCUCACACCUAGAGUCCCCAAUUA